AUGGCAGGAUCCCUCCCGCCACUCCCGGUCGUGGGCCUUUACGGCAUCUCCGGGUCGGGCAAGACAACGCUUGCCAAGGCCCUGAAGGGCCUACAAGACUUGAUGGGGACCGACUACACGACCACCCCACAAGCCCCGCCCGUCCCUCUCCAGGUCAAACCGUACAGUUUCAGGGAGGGGUCAGAGCUCAUCGACAGCAAUGUGCCCGGAGGCCUGGCUGCAUUCAAGCAGCUGGGCGCGGCGGAGAAGGAGCAGUGGCGCGAGUCCAUCAUCAGGGACGUCGCAAAGCACGCCCAGCUCAGCCGCGAACCCGUCGUGGUGACGGGGCAUUACAUGUUCCCCGUCGAGGCCAAGGAUGACGACGACGACGAAGCCCAGCCGCCAAGCCCAUCAAACCUCCUAUCAAGCCUACAGAGCGUGCACACGAAGGCGGACUGGGAGUCGUACACGCACAUCAUCUACCUCACCGUCCCGCCCGAGACCAUCACCGCCCGCUGCUCGGGCGACGCCACCCGGGCCCGGGCGCCGCUCGGCGCGGACGCGCUCGGGGCGUGGCAGGAGGCGGAGAAGAGGGAGCUGCGGCGGCGGUGCCGGGAGCACGGCGUCGUCUUCACCGUCGUCGACGGGCUGCGCGGGGACCUGCCCGGGCGCGUGCGCGUGCUCCUCGAGUUCAUCAGGCGCUCCGAGUGCAAGCUCGACAUCAUGGGGGUCACGGGCCCCAUCGGCCGGCACCCGUGCAUGAAGUACGAGAAGACCAUCCCGGGCCUGUACAGGAGCCACGUCAGGGUGCUCGCGUUCGACGCGGACCGGACGCUUUCCGCCCAGGACAGCGGCGGCUUGUUCUGGGAACUGGUCGCGGCGCCUGUGGGCAUGGCCCCCAACGAUGGCGGCGGCGGCGAGCAGGUACCCGUCUUGAAGCAAGUGUUUGGCGGCCCACUGGGCUACAGCCGGAGGGCGUUUGUACAAGCCACCCUCCUGUACGAGGAGGCGGUCGAGGCCCUGGGCGGUGACGACGACGACGACGACGACGACAACGAGUGGUUCGAGUCGCUCUGCGCGUCGGUGGCGUCGCGGGUCGAGAUGCGACCCGAGUUCCUCUCGCUGCUGCAGCGGGCCGUCGACGACCCGCUCGUGGUGCCUCUGGUCAUCACGUGCGGCCUGAGGCGCAUCUGGGAGCUGGUGCUGAUGCGGGAGGGCUUCAGGCCGGGGGGCACGUUCGUUGACGGGGGCGAGGCCGAGUCCGAGACCGCGCACGUGGUGCGGCUCGUGGGCGCCGAGCGCGUCGAGGCGCUCCAGCCGGUCGUGGACCCCGAGCACAAGGCCGAGGUGGUGCGGUGGCUGGCGGGUGAGGCCCAUCUCGGUGGGAUCGUGCCGUCCCGUGGCGUCGGGUCCAACAUCUGCGCGUUUGGCGACAGCGCCGUUGACAUUCCUAUGCUAAAGACGGCACACCGCGCUUUUGUAGUCGUUGACAGGGAUAGGCAGGGCGGUGCCAUGAGCAAGCAGAUGGAGGAGGAGAUAGGGAGGUACGCCCAGCCUGGCGUCCUUGACAUGGUGUCUCCCGGCGUGUACUGCGACUGCGCCAAUGAGUCCUCGUUCUUGUACCGCGUCGAGCUGCCCCCUUCCAAGACACACGGCCCGGUGACAGGACUCUCUGAAGAACAGCACCAACAGCCGCAGCUGUCACUACCUGUCGCCAGCCUGACAGAUCCCGAAACCCUUAGCCUGAUAUUCCCCCCACACACCCCUGAAACGACAGCACUGCGGCCGACGGUCCCAGUCCACCACUCGACCACAUGGGCAGCCGCCAACCUCCUCUCGACGCCGAUGAGGGACGCGGGCACGAGCGGCCGGGAGCUCCAGCGGGCGCACCGGGCCGCGGGGAAGUACCUGUCGAUGCAGCUCCUGCCCGAGGUCCUCGGGCUGGAGCGGUUCGCCAUCCCGCACGUCUGCAAAGACGCCGACGCCGACGCCGGGAACGAGCCGGCAAGAACGACGACGACGACGACGGACGGCUACAGGCUCCCGCACGGGGACAGGACGCUGAUCGUUGCGCUCAUGCGCGGCGGCGACCCGAUGGCGCAGGGCGUCUUCGACAUGCUCCCCGGGGCCACGUACCUGCACGCCCGCGGGCCCGGGGACGUGCAGGCGAAGCAUCUGCAUGGCGUCGUCUGCGUGCUGCUCGUGGACUCGGUGGUCAACAGCGGCGCCAGCAUGCUCGAGUUCGUGCACGCGAUCCGGGGCCUGCACGGGACGGUGCGCAUCGUCGUCGUGGCCGGCGUCGUGCAGGCUAACGCCGUGGAGGUGCGGGAGGAGAUGCCGGCGGGGGAAUCCGGCAUGUCCGGCAUGUCCGGCAUGGUUGAGCCAGGAUUGGAGGAGCCGAGCAUGCGGGAGAGGCUUGCCGAGUAUGGCAACGUCCAGAUGGUGGCGUUGAGGAUAUCGACCAACAAGUUCAAGGGCGUCGGAGGAACGGAUACUGGCAAUAGGUUGUUCAACACAACGCACCUGGAUGACUGUUAG